CUCCAUUCCAUUUAUUCACUUCACUCUGAUUAAUGACGAUUAGAACCUGUACACCUUUGAUUCUCAGUUUGGUAAAUGUAGGCGGAUUCACAUUGCUACUAACCUUAUGGGGUUUCUCAAGUCUCCAAGGCGUCUGCUCACAUGGAGUUCAUCCUUUAGCCAGAAUUGCUAUAGAGAAGACUGUGUUGGACCUCAAUGAUUCUGCUUCCAGUGUUCAAGUCUCUCCUUCAGUUCUUGGACCAGGGGGGCAAAGUUUUGAUUGGGUGGAUGUUAACAUAAGCAAUCCAAAUCCAUCAGAUAAUGAUUGGAUUGGAGUAUUCUCUCCUUCUAAUUUCAGUUCUUCCACCUGUGCCCCUGAAAAUCCUAAAGUUCUUGCACCAUUGUUGUGCACUGCACCAAUUAAGUAUAAGUAUGUAAAAGAUGGAAAUCCAAACUAUAAAAAUACAGGAAAAGCAUCAUUGAAGUUUCAAUUGAUCAACCAAAGAUCAGACUUCUCUUUCGCCCUAUUUUCUGGCGGAUUAUCACAGCCAAAGCUUGUGACAGUGUCAAAUACAGUUGCCUUCGCAAACCCAAAUUUACCAAAUUACCCUCGCCUGGCUCAAGGAAAGCUAUGGAACCAAAUGAGUGUAACAUGGACUAGUGGAUAUGGAGUAAAAGAAGCCAGACCAUUUGUUGAAUGGGGUAAAAAAGGUGGAAAGCAGAAACGUUCAUCUGCUACAACUCUCACAUUUAAUCGUAACAACAUGUGUGGUGCUCCAGCAAAAACAGUUGGUUGGCGUGAUCCUGGAUACUUCCAUACAAGCUUCUUAUCAGGACUUUCAUCCAACUCAUUCUAUACCUACAAGUUAGGUCAUAAAUUAUCUAAUGGAACAACCAUUUGGAGCAAGGUGUACUCAUUUAAAUCCUCUCCUUACAUUGGUCAAAACUCUCUACAACGUGUCAUCAUUUUUGGUGAUAUGGGAAAGGAUGAGGUUGAUGGGUCAAAUGAAUACAAUCAAUAUCAACAUGGCUCUCUUAACACUACCACACAACUUAUUAAAGAUUUAAACAACAUUGACAUAGUUUUUCAUAUUGGAGAUAUUUCUUAUGCAAAUGGAUACCUCUCUCAAUGGGAUCAAUUCACUUCCCAAGUUGAGCCAAUUGCUUCAUCUCUACCUUAUAUGAUAGCAAGUGGUAAUCAUGAACGUGAUUGGCCCGACUCAGGAUCUUUUUAUGAAACCGAAGAUUCAGGAGGCGAGUGUGGUGUUGUGGCUCAAACUAUGUUUUAUGUCCCUUCACCAAAGAGAACCAAGCUCUGGUAUAUGUCAGAUUACGGGAUGUUCAGAUUCUGUGUUGCUGACUCAGAAAGUGAUUGGACAGAGGGAAGUGAGCAAUACAAGUUCAUCAAAAAGUGUUUGGCAUCUGUAAACAGGAAAAAACAACCAUGGUUGAUCUUUAUAGCUCAUCGUGUAUUGGGCUACUCUACUUCAUGGUUUUAUGAUAUUUUAGGAUUAUAUGGUGAACCUGAUGGAAGAGAGAGUCUUGAGAAUUUAUGGCAAAAGUAUAAUGUUGAUAUAGCCAUUUUUGGGCAUGCACAUAAUUAUGAAAGAACAUGUCCUAUGUAUCAGAGUAAUUGCACAAACAAUGGAAACCCAAAUUACAGAGGGAGGUUGAAUGGGACAAUUCAUGUGGUGGCUGGGGGUGGUGGUGCGAGUCUUACACAGUUUGCUCCGGUUAGCCAGGAAUGGAGUUUGUUUAGAGAUUAUGAUUAUGGUUUUCUAAAACUUACAUCAUCUGAUCCUUCUAAGCUUUUGUUUGAAUACAAAAAGAGUAAAGAUGGGAAAGUCUAUGAUUCCUUUACAAUUUCUAGGGAGUAGGGGGUCAUAAAAACAUUUUAUUUUGCAUAAUGUGUUGUGUUAAUGUAUUUUUGUUUUGUUUUUGAGUCUUAAGAGACUCAUAAAUGUUGUGUACUAACUAUUGAAAAUAAAUGAAUCAUGUGAAUUGUGAAGGAGAA